CCGCUUUCUUUUCUUCCCAAUUCGAUUCACCAGAAAUCCAGAUCUAUUUUCCCCUUCCCCUCUCUCACACUAUGUGAUACUACUCUCUAGUCUCUCUCUACACAAAACCAAUUUCCCACACAGAUCCAAUUCCCCAACAGAUCGGAAUUCCAAUUCCCACCCAACAAAAAAAAUGGAAAAAUCAUGCAGUCUCCUCGUCCACUUCGACAAAGCAACCCCAGCACUGGCCAACGAGAUCAAAGAAUCCCUGGAAGGAAACGACGUCGAAUCCAAAAUCGAAGCCCUCAAGAAGGCGAUCAUGCUCUUGCUCAACGGCGAGACCAUCCCUCAGCUCUUCAUCACCAUCAUCCGCUACGUCCUCCCUUCGGAGGACCACACCAUCCAGAAACUCCUCCUGCUCUACCUCGAGCUAAUCGAGAAAACCGAUUCCAAGGGAAAAGUACUCCCAGAAAUGAUCCUCAUUUUCCAGAACCUCCGCAACAACCUCCAGCAUCCCAACAAGUUCAUACGCGGCGUCACGCUUCGGUUCCUCUGCCGCCUCAACGUGUCCGAGAUCGUCGAGCCGCUUCUGCCGUCGAUCCUGUCCAAUCUCGAGCACCGCCACCCGUUCGUGCGGUGGAAUGCGGUGCUGGCGGUGAUGUCGGUCUACAGGCUGCCGCAUGGGGAGCAAUUGCUGGAUUCGGCGUUGGAGAUCAUCGAAAAGUUCUUGACUUCCGAGCAGGAUAGUUUGAGCAAGCGCAACGCGUUUCUGAUGCUGUUCAAUUGCGCGCAGGAUCGGGCGAUGGAUUAUUUGUUCCGGAAUGUGGAUCGAAUUGCCAAUUGGGGCGAGCAGCUCCAGAUGGUGGUGCUGGAGUUUAUUCGGAAGGUUUGCCGUGCGAACAAGGUGGAAAAGGGGAAGUAUAUAAAGAUUAUCAUCUCGUUGCUGAACGCGCAGUCGACGACGGUGGUUUACGAGUGCGCGACGACGCUCGUGUCGCUUUUGUCGGCGUCGACGACGAUUCGUGUGGCGGCGAAUACUUACUGUCAGUUGCUGCUGUCGCAGAGCGAUAACAACGUGAAGCUGAUCGUUUUGGAUCGGUUGAAUGAGCUGAGGAUUUCGCAUCGGGAGAUUAUGGUGGAUUUGGUGAUGGAUGUGCUGCGAGCGCUCUUGACGCCGAAUUUGGAUAUUAGGAAGAAGACGAUUGAUAUUGCCUUGGAUUUGAUCACGCCGAGGAAUGUGGAUGAGAUGGUGAUGAUGUUGAAGAAGGAGGUUGUGAAGACACAAAAUUUGGAGCAUGAGAAGAAUGGAGAGUAUAGGCAAAUGCUGGUUCAAGUGAUUCAUUCUUGCGCGAUCAAGUUCCCAAAGGUCGCGAGCAUUGUGGUGCAUUUGUUUAUGGAUUUCUUAGGCGAUUCCAAUGUGGCUUCAGCUAUUGAUGUGGUGGUUUUCGUUAGGGAGAUCAUUGAGACCAAUCCAAAGCUUCGUGUUUCAAUUAUAACUAGGCUUUUGGCUACGUUUUACCAGAUCUGUGCCGUGAGGGUUUGCUCGUGUGCACUUUGGAUCAUUGGUGAGUAUUGCUUGUCUCUCUCAGAAGUGGAGACUGGGAUCGCGAUGAUCAAGCAGUGUCUCGGGGAGUUGCCAUUUUUUACAGUGACUAAAGAAGGGGAAGUGCAAGAUCAAGGUGCGAAGAAAGUUCAGCAAAUGAAUUCCACCACUGUUUCUUCUCGAAGGCCCGCGAUUCUCGCGGACGGGACUUAUGCUACUCAAAGUGCUGCACUAGAAACUGCUAUGUCGCUGCCUACAUUCGUUCAAGGAUCGUUGUCUUCGAUAGGAAACUUGAGAUCAUUGAUUCUAUCGGGCGACUUUUUCCUCGGGGCAGUUGUGGCUUGUACAUUGACAAACCCUGAGAAACAGGCCCUGGAAGUCUCUGGCUGAGGCAUGAGAAACAGGCCCUGGAAGUCUCUCAUGAAAAGUAAAAAAAAAAAAAAAAAA